CUUGACUGCGUGACGAUUGCGAAAGCCCCCAAUUUUGCAAAAAGCUUACGUUUUGAAAAGUAUAGAGUGCGUCCCGAGUGAAAAUGGUGGUUCGCUUACGUUUGCAACGGUUUGGUCGUACGCACUCGCCGUUUUACCGAAUGGUAGCGGCCAACCAUAAGGCCCCUCGUGAUGGCCGCCAUCUCGAGGUUGUGGGGACAUACAACCCUAUAGCAAACAAGCACGGUGUAAAAGAAAUCCGUCUUAAGACGGAUCGUUUGAAAUAUUGGCUGAGCGUUGGCGCCCAACCAUCAGAUCGCGUUGCCUGGAUCUUGGGUAAAUUUGGUGUUCUGCCACCGGCACCUCGAAUGUACAAUCCGCAGAAGAUGAAAACGAAAAAGGAAUCGAAAUGACAGUGAAAGUAAAAGCACACGCUCUUGACGGAAAUUUUGUGUGAUUGUUUGUUUUCAAUUAGAUUUUAAAAAUUAGCUCUCCUUCUCUUGG